AUUGCCGCUCUGUGUAUGCUCUUAAACCCUAGUAACGGGCAGCAGGCAGCAGGCAACAAUGGAAGUUGAAGCGUUACUGGACUUAAAAAUCACAGAAUUGUUGAAGUCAGUGGAGCUCGAUUACUCACCUUGUCUUACAAAGCUUGUAGACGACACCAUUUCAGCCAUCAAAGAAUCCAUCAAUAAAAUCCCUCAAGGCCUUGCGGUUACAGGUGAUGAGGCUCCGAGAUUUGUUAAGGAUAUUGGUGCUGAUAAAGUUGAAUUUAAAUUUAAUAAGCCGAAUACAUUUGAAAUUCGAGGAAGUUAUUCAAUUAAAUGCAUUGCCAAGCCUUCUAUUAAUGUUGACCUCUUUCUUCACUUGCCAAAGGAAUGUUUCCAUGAGAAAGAUUAUUUGAAUCACCGAUAUCAUGCAAAAAGGUUCCUUUACCUCUGCAUGGUCAAGAAGUAUUUGAUGAAAUCUUCUUCAUCGUUUCAAAAGGUUGAAUGGUCUUCUUUUAAUUCUGAGGCCAGAAAACCUAUCUUGAUUGUAUACCCAGCCAAGAAGCUUGUUGAAGCUCCUGGGUUGUUUAUAAGGAUAAUUCCCACAGCAAAGUCCCUAUUUAAUGUCUCAAAGUUGGACUUGAAGCGGAAUAAUAUCCGUGCUCUAAAUCAAGAAGGAGAUCUUCUACUGCCUACACCAAGAUAUAAUAGCAGUAUUUUGGAAGACAUGUAUUUAGAGGAUGAUGCAGAUUUUCUUAAGAAAACAUUUCUCGGAUGGAAGGAAUUGAGAGAGGCUUUGAUUUUGCUCAAGGUAUGGGCUCGGCAAAGAAGUUCUAUCUAUGCCCAUGAUUGCCUUAAUGGGUUUCUAUUAGCUGCCAUAUUGUCAUACCUAGCAGUUUCUGGGAAGGUUAAUAAUUCAAUGAAGCCAUUGCAAAUAGUCCGUGUUGCAAUGGAUUUUAUAGCCAGUUCCAAAUUAUGGAGUCAAGGUGUUUACUUUCAGCAGAAACAAGAGUUCAAGGUCUCAAAGGAGGAAAGAAUUCUCUAUAAAGAAUCAUUUCCAGUAGUGGUUUGUAACUUAUAUGGACGACUCAAUUUGACUUUCCGUAUGAAAAGCAAUAGUUUCUUAGAGCUCCAAGAUGAGGCUGCUUUAUCACUCCAAUGUUUAGGAAAAUCAGGAGAUGGUGCUUUUGAGGAUAUCUUUAUGACCAAGAUUGACUUUUGUUCUAAAUACGAUUAUUGCAUAAGAUUGAACUUAAAAGGGCAAAGUAAUGUCUAUAAUUUGGGAUAUUGCUUGGAUGAGGAAUGUUGGAGAUUGUAUGAGCAAAGGGUACAUGGUAUUCUGCUUCAAGGACUGAGUGACAGGGCCAAGUUCAUUCGUGUCAUUUGGAGAAACAUCACUUCAGAAUGCAGCAUAGAAAAUGGUUUAUCAGCUCUGGAUAAAGAACCAAUGCUUAUUGGAAUUUCAGUGACCACUUUGGAGAAAGCAUUAAGAGUUGUUGACAUUGGUCCCGAUGCUGAAAACAAAGAAGAGGCACUCAAGUUUCGGAAAUUUUGGGGAGAAAAGGCAGAACUUCGAAGAUUUAAAGAUGGUAAAAUUGCUGAAAGCACAGUAUGGGAAAGUGAACAGUGGGCAAAACAUCUCAUUUUGAAAAGAAUAGUUGAAUAUGUGCUUCUUCGCCAUCUUUCUCUUUCAAAAACAAACAUUCUGCAAGUUGUGGAUCAACUUGAUUUCUCUCUGCUUCAUGGUGUUGAAGAUCCCAUGUCGUUUUCUGCAAGUCUGCUUGCGGCAUUUGAAGUUCUAUCAAAGCGUUUGCGUCUUCUUGAAGAUAUUCCCUUGAAAGUAUCUAGUGUGCAGCCCUUAGACCCAGCUUUCAGGUUCACAUCUGUCUUCCCUCCUAAAGCACAUCCACUAGCAAGUGAAAAGGGUCAUGUUCCAAGAUCACAUAAACUCAUUUCAUCGUGCAUCCAGCCAUUGGAAGUUAUGAUUCAGUUGGAAGGUUCUGGAAACUGGCCAAUGGAUGAGGUAGCAAUUGAGAAAACUAAAUCUGCUUUCUUACUUAAAAUUGGAGAGAGUCUUCAGAAUAAUUGGGGGAUGACAUGUACUGCUACUGAGGAUGAGGUGGACAUUUUUCAUUCUGGAUAUGCAUUCCGCCUUAAAAUUUUGCAUGAAAGAGGCUUAAGCUUGGUGAAAAGGGAAAUUGGAAGUCAUAAAGUGAAGCGGGUUCCUUCUGUAGACAAGAAACUCUUUGUUCUUAGCCAGCAUUCCAGCAUCAUUAAUGGGUUACAGGGUCUGUACCCAAUGUAUGGACCAGUUGUUAGGCUUGCAAAACGAUGGGUUGCUUCACAUCUCUUUUCAGCUUGCUUGGUAGAGGAGGCAGUUGAAUUAUUGGUUGCUCAUCUUUUUGUAAAAUCUUUGCCAUUUACUGCUCCUUGUUCACGCAUCACUGGAUUUUUAAGGUUCUUGCGACUACUAGCCGAGUAUGAUUGGACUUUUUCCCCUUUGGUGGUUGACAUAAACAAUGAUCUAACGCCAAGUGACAUCAAAGAGAUUUAUGAUAACUUUUCGUUAAGUAGAAAAGAUUAUGAAGAGAACAUGAAAAAUAUAAGCCCAUCAAUGUUCUUGGCCACAUCCUAUGACAAGGCAUCUGAAGCUUGGACUGAAAUUUCUCCAAACUCACUGGAGCUUAAGAGGUUGGUGGCCUAUGCUCGUAGCAGCUCAAACCUGCUGACCAGACUCGCAUUGGAGGAUCAGACUGAUUCUUACAGCUGGGAGUGUCUGUUCCGAACUCCUCUGAAUAACUAUGAUGCUGUAAUUCUUCUCCAUGGAGACAGAUUACCUUACCCUCAGCGUCUUCUGUUCCCUUCCCAGUUAAACCAAGGGAGACUUGUAGCGCAUGGGAGUGCUACAAAAGCUUUCCAGCCCUUCAUUUUGCCUGGGGAUUUAAGGGGGAGUUCAGAGAAACUAAAAGAAAAGCUAAUGGUGAACUUUGAUCCUUUGAGAUGCUACAUUGCGGAUUUACAGGAAGAGUGCAACACAUUGAAGUUGUGGUAUGAUUCUCUCGGAGGUGAUGCCAUUGGACUAACAUGGGACACAAAGAAACGACAGCGGGACAAAGAAAAUGAAGGAGAAGAUCCAAUUAGUUUGUUAAAAGCUGCAGGUGAAGUUGGGAAAGGGUUUGUAAAGAGCGUACAUUUUCUCAAGGCUCCAAGGCUCAUGAAUUGAGCCUUAGUUUUAUGAGGCCUAGAAUUUAGCUGACCGCAAAAUUCCAUGUUGUAACUGUUUCUGGAACAGUCCGCUUAGCAACUGCUUCUCUACAGAUUGUAACCCAUAGUGUUGAAGGAACAUUAUGAAUAUCUUCUGCAUAUUCUUUAUUUAGCUUUUCGGCCUUCUGAGUGAAAAGUAAUAGAUGAAAUAGGCAAUUUUUGGUGUCAUUAGUGUACCAAUUGUAUAGGAACUUGGUAGUGUAUCAGGUUCUUCAGUUUGCAAUUUUCAGUUUUUGUUAAAUUCUA